ACGUGAUGCGUUAAUUAAAUAACAUAACUCUUAACUCAUGUGACAAAGUAUAAUUGCAUAAUUUCAUAUUGUUAAUAUUUGCUUUGACAGUGGUUGUUAACUGUAUAAAAAUGGUGAUAAAUGUGAUUGACGUUAUUUUUUUAGUAUUAGCCUAUAUUGCUGUGCCAAUUGAGGCUUAUGCACAAUGUGGAAUGGUGGAUUGUUAUGGAUGGACAUCUUACUGCUGUGGAGUUCUGAAUGAUGAAUGCUGUGACUAUUCUGUGUAUCAAUUUUGGUGGUUUUGGUUGAUUUGGUUAUCAUUUUUCAUACUGAUUGUAAGUUGUAGUUGUUGGUGUUAUAGAAGAAGACAAUACCGAGCCCAGUAUGUCACAAUAAGACAAGACUACCCACCAUCAUAUGGUACAGUUGUAGUAUCAGCACCACCAGCAUAUCCAGCACAACAACACCAGAUUGGUGCUACGGCACCACAACCCCCACCAUAUAACCAAGAGAAACCACCAGCCUAUAUUCCUUAAAUAUGCCUUCAACAGACCUUAUAAUACCUUUUUCAAGUAUUCAUUUUAUGUAACACACAUAGCUUAAAUUGAUAUAAAACUGGCCACCAAGUGAUUCAGUUGGAAUGUAAUUAUAGUUUGUUCAUGAUGGUAAUAAGGUCAGAUGCCAAUCAAGAUUGUAAAUAUAGAUCUGCAACAUUGCAUUCAACUGAACCACAGUAAGGUUGAUGUAGGCAGCUACAAUAAAGGCACAUUUUGUAGAUUACUAAUACUGGUCACAUCAAUUGGUUGCAUACAAUUUAUUGUAGUACUCAUUAUUGAUGACAUGUUAAUUUAAAUGUAGACUUUACCAUAGGGUAGAUGCUGUAAGUUAUUGAUGUGUUAAUAUAAAAUAAAUUACUUUCGUACAAAUAUUGAAUAAUGCUGGUAAUUGUCAUUCAGUUUACCGGUACCAAUUUGUCAACUAUAUUUUGUAACGGUGUUAGUCACAAUCUUUAAAACUGAUUUUGUAUUAGAAAGUAUACGAUUGAUUUAUGAGCAUAUUUCUACUUAAACUGGCAAGUAUAUAAUACAUUAUUAUAUACGUUAAUUUUCUGUACAUACCGUUAAUUUUCUGUACAUACCGGUGUUAAGAUUUUUCAUAUAAUAGGAUUUUAAUUCUGAAAUUUGAAACUAUAAAACUAAUGUAUGCUCUUAAUGUGUAAAUCAAAAUGUUUUAUUUGUAAAAUUGUUAUACAGAGAUUUAAUUAAUAAAAAUUAAGAAACA